AUGUUUAGAUCUGGUUCACUGAAAAGAUCAAGUCUGAAUAGAUAUGAAUCCUUUGAUGAUGAAUCACAACUAGAAAGUCAAUCAAAUAUUGAAAGAAAAAGAUCUUUGAUUAGACCUGAAAGAAAUGAUUUAAAUAAUCCAAAUAAUCCACAUUAUUAUUAUGCCCAAUUAGCUACUCAAGAACAAGAUCAUAUAAAUGUUAAUCCUUCAUCAACUGGUAUAGAUCCAACUAGAUUAGAUAGAUCAAAUAGUAAAAAAUCACAUAGAUCAAACUUACCAAGAAACUCUUAUCAAAGUGAAAGAUCAAAUAUCGGUGGUGGUGGUAAUGGUCCUUCAGUUGAUCAUAAUAACAUCCCAGGAAUUCAAUUAGAAGAUUUAGGUGCAGCAUCAAGUUCUGAACAAGAAUAUAAACCUGAAGGAAGAGAAAUUUAUGGGUUGAAUGAUGAAUAUGAUAGUCCUUUUACAAAUAAAAAACAAUCAUCUGCCCCUUUAUUACCAUCUACAAAUCAUCAACCUAAAACUUUGAAAUCUCAAGAAAAACCUCAUGGUUUAUCAUUUUGGCAAGCUUAUUGUUAUGCUAUAACAUUUUGGGCUCCUGGAUCCUUAUUGAAAUUAUUUGGUAUGCCUAAAAAAGAUAGACAAAUGGCAUGGAGAGAAAAAAUUGGUCUUGUUACUUGUAUCUUAUAUAUUGGUGCUUUUGUUGCAUUUUUAACUUUUGGUUUCACUAAAACUGUUUGUAAUCAUUCAAUUCAAAAAUUUAGAACAAGUGAAGUUGGUGCAGGUUAUUUAGUUAUUAAUGGUAAAGCAUUUGAUUUAACUCAAUCAUCACAUCCUGAAGCUGCAGGUAUUCCUUCAGGUUCAAAUAUUUUAUAUCCACCUAUUGAUGCUAGUGGUAAAGAUGCUUCAUUUUUAUUUCAAAAUGUCAAUGGUAAUUGUAAAGGUUUAAUUACUCCAAAGGAUAAUUGUACAAUUCCAACAGAUGAUGAUGGUAAUUUGGCUUGGUAUAUGCCUUGUAAAAUGUUUACACGUGAUGAAAAAUCAACUCCAAAUUUCACAGUAUCUGAAUACUAUGAUGGUUAUGCUUGUCAUACAUCAUCUGAAGCUAGAGAUGCUUAUUAUAGUUUGAAAAAUAGUGCAGAUGUUUAUUUUGAUUGGAAAGAUUUAAAUGACACAAGAAAUUUCGUUGUAUAUUCUGGUAAUGUUUUAGAUUUGGAUCUUUUAGAUUGGAUUCAAUACACAGAUCUUGAUUAUCCAUCAUUAUUUGAUGAAUUGAAAUCUUCUUCAAUGAGGGGUUAUGAUAUUUCAAUUUUACUUGCUGAUGUUGAAGAUAGAAAAGCUGCUAAAUGUUUAAAUGAACUUAUCAAAGUUGGUGUUGUUGAUGCUGAUACAAUUGGUUGUAUUGCAUCACAAGUUGUUUUAUAUUCUUCAUUAGUUUUCAUCUUAUCUGUUGUGUUUGCCAAAUUUAUUUUAGCCUGUUUUUUCAAAUGGGUUAUUUCUCCAAGACAAGGUGCAGAUAUUGUUAACAAUAAUGAAAUGAAUAAAAGAAAUAAUGAAAUUGAAGAUUGGUCAGAUAACAUCAAUGCUCAAGGUCCAAUCAAACCAGCUAGAAAACCACAAGAUUAUCACAAACGUUCAGCUUCUAGAAUGAAUUUAGUUAGAAAUUCAAGAUAUAAUAUGGCAAGUGAAUUAGAUGAUUAUCAAAAUCAACAAAAUUAUGUUAGAUAUGAUCCAAAUAUGACUGAUGUAAAUGGUAACCCAAUGACAACAAUGGCAAUUCAAGCUGCUAAUAAAAAUAAAAAUAAAUCAACUUUAUCACAUUCUAAAAGUGCAUCUUUGAAUAAUUUGAGUAUUGCACCAUAUCAAACAAGAAAUACAUCUGUAUCAAAUUUGGCUGCUUUAGAUACUAUCACUACAUUAGAUCCAGAUAUUAUUCAUCCAAAUGUUGUUCCACAACCACCUAUUGAUUAUCAACCAUUCAAUUAUCCAUUAGCCCAUGUUAUGACCCUUGUUACUUGUUAUUCUGAAGAUGAAGAAGGUUUAAGAACUACAUUAGAUUCAAUUGCAACAAGUGACUAUCCUAAUUCUCAUAGAUUAAUUGUUAUUUUGUGUGAUGGUUUAAUUAAAGGUUCUGGUAAUGAUAUGACAACCCCUGAAAUUGCAUUAAAUAUGAUGACAGAUUUCUCAGUUGAACCUGAAAAUGUUAAACCAUAUUCUAAUGUCGCUGUUGCUCAAGGUGAAAAAAGACAUAACAUGUCUAAAGUUUAUUCAGGUUUCUAUAAAUAUGACUCUUCAACAGUUCCUGUUGAAAAACAACAAAGAGUUCCAAUUUUAACAAUUGUUAAAUGUGGUACACCAAAAGAAGCAACAUCAGCUAAACCAGGUAAUAGAGGUAAACGUGAUUCACAAAUUAUUUUAAUGUCAUUUUUACAAAAAAUCACUUUUGAUGAAAGAAUGACUGAAUUAGAAUAUGAUAUUUUAUUGAAUAUUUGGAGAAUAACUGGUCUUUUAGGGGAUAUGUAUGAAAUUGUUUUAAUGGUUGAUGCUGAUACUAAAGUCUAUCCUGAUGCUUUAACUCAUAUGAUUGGUUCAAUGGUUAAAGAUCCAGAAAUUAUGGGUUUGUGUGGUGAAACUAAAAUUGCCAACAAGCGUCAAUCAUGGGUUACUGCAAUUCAAGUUUUUGAAUAUUAUAUCUCACAUCAUCAAGCAAAAGCUUUCGAAUCUGUCUUUGGUGGUGUUACAUGUUUACCAGGUUGUUUCUGUAUGUACCGUAUUAAAGCUCCAAAAUCUGCUGAUGGUUAUUGGGUUCCUAUUUUAGCUAAUCCAGAUAUUGUUGAAAGAUAUUCUGAUAAUGUUGUUGAUACUUUACAUAAAAAGAAUUUAUUAUUAUUAGGUGAAGAUCGUUUCCUUUCAACUUUAAUGUUGAAAACAUUCCCAAAAAGAAAACAAGUUUUCGUCUCAAAAGCUUGUUGUAAAACUGUUGCUCCUGAUAAAUUCAAAGUUUUAUUGUCACAAAGAAGACGUUGGAUUAAUUCAACUGUUCAUAAUUUGAUGGAAUUGGUUUUAGUUAAUGAUUUAUGUGGUACUUUCUGUUUCUCAAUGCAAUUUGUUAUUGGUAUUGAAUUGGUUGGUACAUUAGUUUUACCUGCUGCUAUCUCUUUCACCAUUUAUGUUAUCAUCGUUGCUAUUGUCUCUAAACCUACACCAGUAAUGUCACUUAUUCUUUUAGCUUUGAUUUUGGGUUUACCGGGGUUGAUUAUUAUUAUUACUGCAUCACGUACCUCAUAUUUAAUUUGGAUGUUUAUCUAUAUUCUUGCUUUGCCAAUUUGGAAUUUCGUUUUACCAGCAUAUGCAUAUUGGAAGUUUGAUGAUUUCAGUUGGGGUGAAACAAGAACAAUUGCUGGUGGUGAUAAAGGUCAUGAAGAUGGUGAAGGUGAAUUUGAUCAUUCUAUGAUUAAAAUGAGAAGAUGGAGAGAAUUUGAAAGAGAACGUCAAGCUAGUGGAAAUAAUAGAUUGGAAGUUCCAAGAAACGCAUGGGAUCCGUCACAACAUGAAAAGAACGAUGCAGAUGUAUCUGUUGAGAUCUUGAACUGA